AUGACCGACGUCGAUGCCUUUCGAGAUGCGGAGUACAUCGCUGACGUGUCUGGCAUUGCACUCGACGAUGCGGAGCCGGGCUCGUCAGCGCCCAGCAGCGACAGUCGCGUGAAGAAACUCCAAUCGUCCGCAAAGAUCGCCUUCAUCGACCGGCUGUUGCGCGAUCUGGACAUUCUCAUUUACUGCGAGCUUUCAGCGUUAUAUUACAUGGACUGCUCUGUGGUUCUGUUUGCCGUUCGCGCCGUCGUAGAACUGAUCUUCUUCACGCCGAAAGCGCCGCCAUUCGAUCCGACACGCAACCAACCGUUCGUCGGCGCCAUCAUCGCCAGCAACCUCUUCUGCAUGAUCUUCCACGCCUUCUUCAUCCGACCCGAAGCCGGCGAGAGCACACGCGGGUACCUCCACGGCGGAUUGUUCAUCGAUUUCAUUGGACAGAAACCCGUACCCGUUUUCCGGCUUCUUUCAUUCGACCUAUUGAUCUUCCUGGUCGAUUUCGUCAUGCUAGCAUUGAUCGUUGAGAGGGUCAAGACAGCAGGCAACCCCCCUUCUACAACCGACACCACAAAUACAGACUCCGCGACAAGUACAGAACAAACCGACUCCGAGCGGCAGGAUCAUGACGCAGAGGAACGAGGCGUUAUCCGAGAACCCGAGAACACGAGCCCAAGUGACACGCGGAGUACAUCACCAGUCGCCGAGGUCGACGACGAUGUUAAUAACGAGCGAACAACCCUCCUAGCUGAUCCCGGCGAGACUAGCUCUAUACAGAUACCGCGGGGCGGUCAUCCAUUGGACUCGUAUUCGUCGGGCCUGGCCGUGAUCAUGGAGAUGGGUUUCUUCAGCACUAUACACGAUCAAUGGCGGUACACAACGACCCCUCGGCGUCCGACGACGGGCUACGUGCCCACGCCCGAGACGGCGACUUUCCUUCGGCAACGAUUUGGGCUGCAGGUUGGGGCCGAUGGACGUAUUGUACGGGUUGGCCGAUGA